AGCCCCAGCUUUCUCUUUCUGGGCCCGGCGGCGGCGGCGGUUGAACCCGGAGCGACGCCGGCGUGCGGCGCGUGUCGCCAGCCAUGGCCGAGUCCCCGGCGUUUCUCUCUGCUCAGGAAGUGGGGUCAUUUGCAUAUCUUACAAUUAAGGACAGAACACCGCAGAUCCUAACCAAGGCUAUUGAUACAUUGCAUCGACAUAAAAGUGAAUUUUUUGAAAAACAUGGAGAGGAAGGAGUGGAAGCUGAAAAGAAAGCCAUCUCUCUUCUUUCUAAAUUACGGAAUGAAUUACAGACAGAUAAGCCAAUUAUCCCUUUGGUUGAUAAUUGUGUUGAUGCUGACAUAUGGAAUCAGUACCUGGAAUAUCAGCGGAGUCUGUUAAAUGAAAGCGAUGGGGAGCCACGCUGGUUCUUCUCGCCCUGGUUGUUUGUAGAGUGCUACAUGUAUCGGAGGAUUCAUGAAGCCAUGAUCCAGAGCCCUCCCAUCCAUGACUUCGAUGUGUUUAAAGAAAGCAAAGAGGAGAACUUCUUUGAGUCACAGGAGUCUGUCGAUGCCCUGUGUCUGCACUUGCAGCAACUGAGACCAGCCAGAGACCUCAGUGAAGACCGGCGGAAGGAGGAGUUUCUUAGACUUCUGCAGAUCUCCCUCUGGGGAAAUAAGUGUGACUUGUCUCUGUCAGGUGGAGAAAGCAGUUCCCAGAAGACCAAUGUCAUCAACUCUUUGGAAGGCCUGAAACCCUUCAUUCUGAUAGAUGACACAGAAUCUCUUUGGACAUUGCUCAGUAAAUGCAAGAAGACAGCAGAAACAUCCGUAGUUAGAGUAGACAUUGUUCUGGAUAAUUCUGGCUUUGAACUUGUUACAGAUCUAGUAUUCGCUGACUUCUUGUUAUCCUCUGAGUUAGCUACUGAGAUUCAUUUUCACGGAAAAACUAUUCCGUGGUUUGUGUCUGACGUUACUGUGCAUGACUUUAGUUGGACGGUUGAACAUGUGAGGAGUAGUAACCAGAAGUCCACGUCCGCCUGUGGUGCUGACUGGGCAGACCAUGUUAGGAUGGGCAGAUGGACUUACCACGAUCAUAUAUUUUGGACUCUGCCUCACCCUUAUUGUGCGAUGCCCCAGGUCGCCCCUGAUUUGUAUACUGAACUACAAAAGGCAUGCCUUGUCUUAUUCAAGGGGGAUUUGAAUUACAGGAAGUUGAUGAGUGACAGAAAGUGGGAGUUUACCACCCCAUUCCAUCAGGCCCUGAGUGGCUUCCACCCUGCACCUCUGUGUAGCAUAAGAACAUUAAAGGCUGAGCUGCAGGUGGGUCUCCAGCCCGGGCAGGCCGAGCAGCUCAUGGCUUCUGAUCCCCACUGGCUGACUACGGGCAAGUAUGGGAUAUUUCAGUUCGAUGGUCCCCUCUGACUGCAUAGGAAUUCCCAGCUAAUCUCCUUUCAGCCCCAGAAAAACAGUGCAUGGAUCUAGUCCUGCUUCUCAUCAGCCAGGGGCAGCCCCAUUUCUUAGCUCCUGUGCCACCUCACAUGGUAGAUGGUGGAACAGUUUCCCCGCUGCCAUGUUUGGGAAGACAGGUCUUUAAGUUAGUUACACUCUGCUGGAAUUUUAAUUUAACUAUUCAAGUUAAAUGCAUACAUUUAAGUGGUUUUUAAUGAACUCAUUUUUAAUUGCAAAGAAUGCAAAAUAAAAGUGAAUUCUGCUUCUUAAGUUUGUUAAUCUUGUUUUUUUCUUCCUUAAAUAGAAUGAUUAUUUAAUAUUCUAAGAAGACUAAAUAUUAUUUAACUUAGUUUUAGAUUUUGCAUUAAUGGUCUAAUGAGCCUUGUAACAGCCCUGCAGGGAAGCAUGUCGUGGUGCUCGAACACACAGACAGAAUUACCUCAGACCGAACUACCGCCUGCUGUCCUGCAUGCAUCUAAGGUUUAAAGCCUGUUUCCUUGCCUGACUUGUAUUUUGAUUGACCUGUGAUGUGGGUCAAAGCACAAAGUGGACAUUGUGAAACAGCAGUGUCUGACGAAGGACAAGUCCAGCCUGCCUGUUCACAGAUUUCCAUGCGGAAGUCACCACACAGGUGUCCGGAUGAGCACAGCUUCCGUCCGCAGUAGCACAAGAGUGUGUCAGGUGGAAAAGCUUGUUCUGCAUUCUUUCAGAUACCGCCAGUCCGAGCUCAUUCUUUCUAUUACACAUUGUAUUGUUCCUGACCUCAGCUGCCAGCGUCUGCAAGUUCAUGCUACUUUGUUUUGAAACAAAUUGGAAACAAACCAGGAAAUGUUUUUGUGUACUGGAAUAAUAAAUGAAUUUUACUGAAAAAUA